CUCCAAAUCCUCCGUUAUCCCCUCUCCUUCACCACUCUCUCUCUCUCCCUCCAAGAUGCCCUGCGUUGCUUCACUCUCCUAUUCAACAUCUCUGCAACUCUCCUCUUCUGUCUAUGGACAACCCUUGUCAUCAUCAUCAUCUAGUCUUAUCAUGAGGGGCCCACUGAACUUCUCAUUAGCUUCUUUCUCUGGGAAAAAAUCCAAUCUUCAAAAGCGUUUUGUUGUUGAAGCAAAGAGGCUUUUGGGCAUAGAGGAGGCCAUUAAAAUCAGGAGAGAGCGUGAGCUUCUAGGUACGAAGAUCAUUAAAAGGCCACCUUUGAGGCGAGGAAAGGUAUCCCAACGUCUUCCAGUGCCUGAUCACAUACCAAAGCCUCCUUAUGUUGGUUCCAACUUGUUACCAGAAAUCUCUCCUGAACAUCAAAUUCCUGAUUCUGAAGGCAUCGCUUGCAUGAGGGCUGCAUGUGAGCUUGCUGCUCGGGUCUUGGAUUCUGCCGGGAAAUUGGUCAGGCCAUCUGUGACCACAAAUGAAAUUGAUAAAGCGGUGCACCAAAUGAUUAUUGACGCUGGUGCUUAUCCUUCACCUCUUGGCUAUGGGGGAUUUCCAAAGAGUGUAUGCACAUCAGUCAAUGAGUGCGUGUGCCAUGGAAUACCUGAUUCUCGCCAACUACAGGAUGGCGACAUAAUAAACAUUGAUGUGACAGUAUACUUAAAUGGUUAUCAUGGGGACACAUCAAAAACCUUUUUUUGUGGCAACUCCAUUAGUGAUUCUGCGAAACGGCUUGUCGAGGUAACUGAAGAGUGCUUGCACAAAGGGAUUGCUGUUUGCAAAGAUGGCGUUUUGUUUAGGAAGAUUGGAAAGAGGAUUAGUGAACAUGCUGAACAAUUUGGGUUUGGUGUCGUUGAUCGUUUCGUUGGGCAUGGUGUUGGGACAGUAUUUCAUUCUGAACCGUUUAUAUUUCAUCACCGCAAUGACCAGCCUGGUCGCAUGGUUGAAGGUCAAACAUUUACAAUUGAACCAAUUCUUACACUAGGGAGCACAGAAUGCAUCACAUGGGAAGAUAACUGGACAACUUUGACAGCUGAUGGCCGUCUCGCAGCGCAGUUUGAGCAUACCAUUUUGAUUACAAGAACCGGUGCUGAAAUUUUGACGAAAUAUUAAAGAGGAAAAAAGUGUUCGUAACUUUUUCUCCCGAUAUAUAGAAGACCAGGAGAAAAUGUUUGUGCCAUUUGCCUUCAUGUAGAACCUCUGUAUUUUUCUUGGUGUUGAAGGCUGUAAAGGUGUUCAUAUUCAUUGAACAAGUGAAAUUCUCGAACGGAAAGGGUAGGUUUUACAAAGCUCCCUGGUAAUGGACUUUAGCAAGAGAAGUGUUGAACUGGGAACAUAACGUGCAAAAUGAUUUGUAUGAUCCAUUAGAUUUGUAAUUCACUAUUUCUUCAGUGUC